UUCGAAGCACAUUGUGCGUUAUGACUUAACGUCGCGUACAACAUUGAACGAAUGCUGUAAAAAUUGGGAUGAAAAGUAUGAGUUCUGGAAUAAUAACAUAUUUAUGUUGUCGAACACUGUUGUGAGACAUUCGUUGAGAAAACGGGCCUACCAUUUGUAUUCUAUUCUUGGAACACUCAGAAGCUACUGAGUUGAAACAUUGUUUCCAGUAGACCAAGUCACGCUCCUGAUUAUUGGGUAGAGCUCUGCUUGUUGUCUCUUCUCAGCCUGUGUUCUUGGGGAGGACUAUAGAGCAGAGGAUUCUGGCAGUGUGUGUGGGGAGCAGUGAGGAUGACUGAGUACAAGUUGGUGGUGGUGGGGGCUGGAGGUGUGGGGAAGAGUGCACUCACCAUCCAGCUCAUCCAGAACCACUUUGUGGAUGAAUACGACCCCACCAUAGAGGACUCAUACAGGAAGCAGGUGGUGAUUGAUGGGGAGACGUGUCUGCUGGACAUCCUGGACACUGCAGGUCAGGAGGAGUACAGCGCUAUGAGGGACCAGUACAUGAGGACAGGGGAGGGCUUCCUCUGUGUCUUCGCCAUCAACAACACCAAGUCCUUUGAGGACAUCCACCAGUACAGGGAACAGAUCAAGCGUGUGAAAGACUCUGACGACGUGCCCAUGGUCCUGGUGGGUAAUAAAUGUGACCUUCCGUCGCGUACCGUGGACACGCGGCAAGCACAGGAACUGGCCCGCAGCUACGGAAUUCCCUACAUCGAGACCUCUGCCAAGACACGACAGGGGGUAGAGGACGCCUUCUACACGCUAGUGAGAGAGAUCAGGCAGCACAAACUGAGGAAGCUCAACCCUCCGGACGAGAGUGGACAGGACUGCAUGAGCUGCCGCUGUGUGGUGUCGUGAUGGAGGUUACCAGUUCGGGGUGAGGAGUGGACCUAGUGGCAGAAUGGACUUAAAGAAUGAUGGUGGAGGAUGAAACAACAACUAACUUUGAAACUGAAGACUACAGUCUAUGAAAAGCAGACCAGGCUGACUGUACCAUAGACAUUUGGGAGAGGGGGAUCUUGCCCCUGCCAGGCCAGGCCAUACCAGGCUCGACUAGGCUGUCUGUCCCCUCUUUGAGUCCGUCUGCCAGAGCAACACCACUAAUGACUGUUUCUCACCAGUGUGAUCAUGCUGGGCAGCUCCAAUGAGUUCCUGCCAAGUUAUUGUUUUACAGUCUCAACACUGGUCUUAAAGGGAGGUGUCACGAAUCCAAUCCCUGGUGAGUCCCCUUCACCAACACCUCAAAACCCUGAUUUUUUUUUUUUACAUUUGACCCCCUGGAAAGACUGGACAGUAGUAGCCUAAAUCCCCAUCCCUAAUUUAACCUCCCCCAGCCUCCUUGUUCCUCUCUAGAGGGGCUCUGCAGUAACCUCAUUAUUACGGAUACAAGUAUGGGGAUGGAGCAUGACAAAAGACACGCCAGAUAGGAUUUAUUUUUUUUACUGUUAGUUUAGCUGUCAAACCUAACUUUUUUUUUAAACAGACUUUUUUGUGAUCGAAGGUUUUGAAGGUGAUCAUACUCAGCACUGUAAAGUAAGCCAGGAUGUUUAUUUUGUGUGAUGGGCUGUUGCUAUUUUAAGACCUGUCACCGUGAGGAAGUCCUUAUUCGGGGCCCUUAAGUGGGCAUGGCUGUGGAUCAGACCGAUGGAUGGACUCAUUUUCCCAGAGUGCCAUUGCCUUCCCCCACAGAAGUCUGUGUGCGCACAUGUCAGUGUGCUAAAGAGUUCUCUUUGUGGAGUAAUAUAGUACUAGAUAUUGUAGGUUCUGGUGCAAUAGGAAUGUUUACUGUCUUACUAGGUUUAAGAAUUGGGAAUAAACUAUCUCUCUCAUCCCUAUUUAUUAUUUGCUUGUAUUUCUUGGGUGGAGAAGGGAGGGGUACAUGAGUGAUGUUUUACUUGCUGUUGCCUUCAAGGUUUGGCUGAAUGAUAGUUGGAAGGAUGGGAGACUAACGUCAUUCCUUGGUCCAUGCAGUGCCAUUAUUUACCAUGGGAUGGUUAUGUAGUGAAAGAUUAUUUGUGCACAGCCUUUCAGGGAAGUGGAACAAAAUACCCUUUGAGAUUGUGCUCUUUUAAGACACUGGUGGCAUCCAUUUCUUUCCUAUUCCUUUGCUUAGACAACAGUAUGUUGUUUAGUAUAGUUUGACAUUUCUAGAUUGCAAGUAUCGGUCCUCACUGUGUUUUUAAGGCUCAGGAAACGGGAAUGUCUAGAAAUGUCUCGCCUUUGUAUCUUAUGUUCCAGGAUUAAAUCUGUGAAAUUGAAAUUCUAAUGCACAAGACCUGCCUUAAAUUACUGGUAAUAUGUGGGAUAAAACUGUUUUGGCCUCAUAAAAUAACCUCUCAUUCUACUCGCUACUGCCUCCUCAGUUGGAUCUUUGGUUCCCUGAGAAUAUAAUUUAAUUCAAGCUGGUCAUGUACGAGCCAACUUCUUUUGCAAGAAAAGUCAGAGGAAAACGUUCUUCACUCUAGGGGUUCGCUUGUGAUAUUUCUCAAUUACAUUUGAAUCAUUUAGCAGACGCUCUUAUCCAGAUAUGUCUGGAUAUUGAAUGGUGUAGAUAGACCUACUACCUUUUGCGCUCUCUACAACACUAACCGCAGCAUAGGGCUGCCAAUACAAAUGAACACUGCUUGGUCCUGUUUAACUUGCCUUAUUAUUUGUUAGCUAGUACUUCAUGCCUUAGAGUAGUACGUUUGCCUGAAGCAGGUGUUUCUGUGGUCUGUCUGCUUUCCUCUGUGGAUAACUGUUGUGAAUCACUGGUGGUGAUUGGAGAUCUGCUCCUUCUGGGAUUUGUUUCUUUCCAGACAUGAGGAAAAACCAACUCUGAAACAGUCCAACCAGAUGAGAUUCUGUACAGCAUGCCCCGUCUGAUUAGCUAAUGGUUUUGUGUGUGUUAGUCCAAACUAAGUUUGUUUAAUUAUGGCAAUCUUAAUUCAAUAAGUGUUCUUUUUACCUUAUAAGAGCAACUGGCUUUUUAUCUCCCCCUCCUGUUUUUGAAGGUACUUACACCCACAGUGACCCAUAUACUGUAGUACAUUGUGAUGCCUCAUUAGACUUCAGUCAACACCUUGACCUCUUGUCUAGAAGAUAGACCUUAAUAUUGGAAAAAAAUCACUUUAUUCUGUUGCUAGAAACGCUUAAUAUCACUGACUUUUUGCUGCUAUCAUACAUGUGAGUGGUGUUCCUUAGUAUACGUACAGGAGGUGUCUCACUCCAACAAACACUCUUCUGAAUUACCCCAUCUUACCUGAACACAAUUACACCAGUUGGCAUGUAAGAGAUGUUUUGACCUGCUCCCUCCACCACGAGGUCCCUGCAGUCAGACAAUACUCUCCAAGAUAAUCUCACCUUUCCUGGGUUGCUACCCUUCAUAUGUUGGACCCAGGGGAUGAAGGGGUCUGAAUAUGAAGACACUGCACACAGGCUUGACCGUUACCUCUGACAACAGCCACUAUACCUCUUCUGGCUCUGUCUGGAUGGAACACCUCUACUGUGUUGUGUGGACCACAGAUUAUAUUCUGGAGCUCUGAGGGAUUCAGGGUGAUGUUGGUCUUCUGUGUUUUAAUCUCAAUUUAUUGUUGAUGAUUUUGGGGUCUUAACUGUGAAAGUGUGUUUAACAGAAAAUAUUAUUUGUGUUGUAUUAGUAUAGGGCACUCCAUAACCAUAAAGUAAAAAUACUCUGUACCUUAAAUAAAUAGCCAAUCUUAAACAAAUGUAGAUCUUUGUCCCCAUAAUGAUCUACUGUGUAAUGUUAAACAAAUCUGACCUGCUAUGUAACGUGUUUAUCAAGUAGACCUCUGGUGUUAGAUGUGAACUGUACAGUUGUCUGAACUAUAGUUGGCUGUUAUAUUCUACAUCUCACACAAUGUCCCUUGUCUGUCUAUACUCUGUGCUUUGACUGACUGGCAGUUAUGAGCACACAUCUAAAGGUAAAUGCUUAGAAAUUGGACAUCAAUUGUCAUUGAGGAAUACAAGGCCAGCAGGCCAUGUCUGAAGGGAGGGGAGACUUUUGGGGUCAAAAACAUGGGGAAAACCCCCCAAUGUCCAAGGACUGAAACCAAAAAGGACUUGCUUCUCCCUUGUAAAACUGUAGUGUGAACAUGUGAGAGAGGAUGUGGGUUUGGAAGUUUGAUUGUGAAAAUAAACUAUUUAAGAUGUAUUUACUCUUUAACAAAAUGGCAAAUGUGCAGCAGGGCAGGAAUAAAGGUGUCAAGAUGAACUUA